UAAUCCUUUUCUUUGACUCAUGUCACUAUAACCUAAGAAAGCUUUACAACAAAAUUUUAGUAUUGCUAAUGAAAAAAAUGGGUUUUCGGCAUAUUUACUCCAAAAUAAAUUUAAAUUUCACUAGAAAUUUCAAAUAUUUUUAUUCUUCACUUGAAAAGUAUGAUAUAGCAAAUCUCCUGAAAGAACCCCAAAUAGGAAAUGAAGUUAUAAUGAAGGGUUGGAUUGCAAAUGUUCGUAAACAGAAACAACACAUUUUUUUAGAUUUGAAUGAUGGCUCCACUUCUGACAGGUUACAAGUUAUUGUACCUUCCUCUUUAGAUUGCAAUAUCAAAGACCUACUUCCUGGAUCAUCAGUCAGAAUGAUGGGAUUUCUGACUUUAUCUCCUAAAGGAAAUGUUGAAGUAUUUGCAAAAGAUCUUAAAGUUCUAUCGAAAUGCAGUACAGAAGAAGGUUAUCCCUUUGCACCCAGAAAACAAUACUCGCCAGAAUAUUUAAGACAAUAUUUUCAUUUGAGAUCUAAAACAAGAAAGUUCUCAUCUCUGUUACGAGUUAGAAGUGCAGCAGCUUUUGCAUUUCACUCAGCAUUUAAAGAUGAGGGUUUUACAAAUGUUCACACACCAAUUUUAACCUCGAAUGAUUGUGAAGGUGCUGGUGAAGCAUUUAAAGUCGUUCCUGAUAAUGAGAAUUUGUUGAAACAAAUGGCAAAACCAAAGAUACCAAGUGAUGAAAUUUUUUUUGACAGGAAAUCAUAUCUAACUGUUUCUGGACAACUGCAUUUAGAGGCCAUUGCAAAUGGACUUGGUAAAGUUUACACAUUUGGUCCGACAUUUAGAGCAGAAAACUCCAAAUCAAGACUGCAUCUGGCUGAAUUUUAUAUGAUAGAAGCUGAAAUUCCAUUUUUACAAGAAAUAAAGCCACUUUUGAAAACAGUAGAAGGUUUGAUAAAAAAAGUAACAAGUCAUUUGUUGGAAAAUAAUCUUGCCGACAUACAUACCUGCCAGGAACUACAGAAAAACGAACUCGAAUGGAUAAAUAAAGAAUUUCCUAUUCUCACUUAUGAUGAAGCGCUUAAAAUUAUUGCGGACUGUUCUUCGGAAUUUCAAGAACCUGUAGAUUUGCAGAAUGGAAUCAAAAAAGAACACGAACUAUUUUUAGUGAAAUAUUUAGGAAACAUACCCACCUUCAUUAUUGAUUGGCCUAAGGAUGAUAAACCUUUCUACAUGAAGGAAAAGAGUGAUGACAACACAAAGGUGUCCGCAUUUGAUUUACUAGCACCAGGAGUUGGAGAAAUUGUGGGAGGCAGUUUACGUGAAGAUGAUCUGGUAAAAUUAAGCGAGAAGAUUCCAGAUAAUGCUAAUUUGAAUUGGUACCUAGAUUUAAGAAAAUACGGUGGGGUACCAACCGGAGGGUUUGGCCUAGGUUUUGAAAGAUUCCUUCAAGCGAUUCUCAAAAUCGAAAAUAUAAAAGAUACAAUACCAUUCCCAAGAUGGCCACAUAAUUGUUCCAUGUGAUUUCAGAGCGUCAAGCUAUUAGAAGUCUUUUCCAGUUGUAUAAAAGUGAAUACAAAAAAAUCGUAAAGAAA